CCCCCUCCUGCUCCCGACUCCCUCAAUGGCAGCAUCGCAGGGUUCAAUAGUGAGGGUGCCGUCGAGGCGCACACAAGAGACGACGGAGGCCACGGUCGCGUUCGAGAUUGCCGGCUACAGCCUGCUCAAGGGCCUCGAUAGAGGUGAAUUCCUCUCUUCUCCGCCCUUCUCCAUCAGCGGUUACGAAUGGUGCAUCCUCUACUACCCCAAUGGUUCCGGGGAUGAGAGGAGCCAAGGUUAUGCCUCUGUCUUCCUCAAGCUCCUGACCAAGAACGCCUUGGUGAGGGCUUUCUACAGGUUGUGGCAUCUAGAUGCGGUUAGGGGGCAUAUGAUUAAGCCGGUGUUCAGCAGCCAAGUGACAAAUGUGUUCGGCCCUAAAAGCCCAUCUUGGGGCUUUGAGAAGUUCAUGAAGACCACCGAGAUGACGUAUGUGCGGAAUGAUUGUCUCGUUAUGGAGUGGGAGGUCCGAAUUAUCAAGGAAACACUAGAGAUCCAAGUGCCACCCUCUGAGCUUUCGGAUAAUCUUGCAACAUUGCUAGAGGGGAAGAAAGGAGCAGAUGUGACUUUCAAGGUUCAAGGGGAGAUUUUUUUUGCUCAUAAGAUUUUGCUUGCGAUGCGGUCAGCAGUCUUUGACGCCAAGUUCUAUGGGCCAAUGGCUAUGGGGGAGAAAGAGUCACAUGACAUAACUAUCGAUGACAUGCAACCUUCUGUUUUCAAGGCAUUUCUUCACUUCAUCUACACGGAUUCAUUGCCUUCCAUGGUUGAUCUAGAUGAUAAUGACAAAAUAGAAAUGGUUAAGCACUUACUUGUGGCUGCAGAUAAGUAUGCAAUGGAAAGGAUGAAGGUGAUAUGUGAAGGCCUGCUAUGCAAGAGUCUUGAUGUCGAGACUGUGGCGACAAUAUUAGCUCUAGCUGAGCAGUAUCAUUGCAGCAAUCUCAAAGAUGCUUGCAUUGAAUUUAUGCUCUCUUCGAAUAGAAUGAAUGAUGUGCUCGCAAGCCAAGGGUAUCUACAUCUCAAAAGAUCGUUUCCUGACAUCAUUGUUGAUUUGUUUGAGAGGACAGUUAAGUCCCGCAAAAUUUAGUAUGUCAACCUGGUAUGAGCUACUGCUUGUCCUUCAGUUCUAGAAGAUCAUUAUCAUGUUGGUUUGGAGAAGAAAAUGAAGUCGUGCUAGAUCUAGCAUUCCCAUCAUGGGUUGGCUUCUACAUAGUUACUUUUGAUACAUAGCGACCUAAGAUGAGGCUGCCAAGUCUUUUAGUUUUCGGAGAUCUUUUGGACAAAGUGGUUCGUUCUAUAAAUGUAUGUCUCCAAUGUAUGGUUGGUCCAUCUGAUAU